AUUACUAGAUUUUUUCAAGAUGCAACUAUCGAUUUAUCGCCCGAUAAUCGAUCGAUUUAAGUAUUACUAGAUGCACCUGCAGACGCAUCUAGUUAAAAGUCCCUUUUCCAACUAGUAAUCUAGAUGGAAACUAGUCGUAGAUCGCCCGAUUACAGACGAAAUGUAUCUAGAUUUAUCGCAUAGGUGAUAUUUGCUUGGGAUAUCAGCUACGGUACAGUUUUCCUGCUGCAUGCCCAAGUAGAUUCACCACAUUUAGAAAGACUUUAGACUUCAACAACAUGUUUUACAGGCAAAGUAUCUUCCAACUAUAAAAACGUACGUCGAUGUGCUCUGCGAUGUGUAAAAAAAAGUAGACUGAUGGGCUUUCUAACGAGUAACGAUACCCAUUAAAAGUCUCUCUUCCUUCUUUUUAGCAUCAACUAGCCAAACCACGACGACAGCUACCGUCCUGCUAUCUUAUGCCUAUUAUUCCUUCGAUAAUAAUGUUAAUGAUAGUUAUAACAAUUUUAACGGAGUCGUGCAGAAUGGACCUGUUAGCUACGUAACAGGAUAUGUACCUACUGGACAAGCAAUUGUAUUAAAUCCAUCGUCACAGAGCCAAGCACAGUCGAUAUUAAUCACUAAUUUUCUCAAUUUUGCCUACGCCAGUUUCACAGUUGAAGUGUGGGUAUAUCCGCUAGCACUUAAUAGUGGCGUAGCAGACAAUGCAAUCAUCGGUCAAUGUCAGUGCAAUACAUGCACAAGUCAGUGCCUGUAUCUUGUGUUAAGAAAUAAACAAAUGCGAUUGGGCUUCUACUCGAAUGAUAUACAAGGUGGAACAUCGUUAACGACAGGUAACUGGUACCACUUGGCCUAUGUUUACAAUUAUGCAACUCAGCAAGAAGUUGUCUACAUCAACGGUUAUCAAGAUACAAUUGGGAGUGGUCAUAGCCCAUACUUAGGCAUGAACGGAACUCUACAAAUCGGCACAUCACAGAUUCUAUUACCAAGCAAUUUCUUUCAAGGUUAG